CGAUCAGGGCGUUAGAAAUUUCCAACCGCCAGCCAACCAGCAGCAGUUAAGGGAUCUCCAGCACUGAGUGAGUCCAGGCGGCAGCCUUGAUAUGUCAAGAUGUCUCUUUCCAAAAAGCUGACUUUAGACAAACUCGAUGUCAAGGGGAAAAGAGUCAUCAUGAGGGUAGACUUCAACGUCCCUAUGAAAAAUCAGCAGAUUACAAACAACCAGAGAAUCAAGGCUGCCAUCCCAAGCAUCAAGCAUUGCCUGGAUCACGGAGCCAAGAGUGUUGUUCUUAUGAGUCACCUGGGCCGCCCUGACGGUGUGGCCAUGCCUGAAAAGUACUCCUUGGAGCCCGUUGCUGCUGAGCUCAAAACCUUGCUAGGCAAAAAUGUUCUGUUCCUGAAGGAUUGUGUGGGUCCAGAAGUGGAGAAGGCCUGUGCUAACCCCGCCACCGGGUCCGUUAUCCUGCUGGAGAAUCUGCGCUUCCAUGUGGAGGAAGAAGGGAAGGGUCAAGAUCCUUCCGGAAAGAAGCUGAAAGCUGAGCCAGAUCAAAUACAAGCCUUCCGGGAGUCCCUCUCCAAGCUGGGGGACGUGUAUGUCAACGACGCCUUCGGCACCGCACACCGGGCUCACAGUUCUAUGGUGGGUGUGAACCUGCCCCAGAAGGCAUCGGGAUUCCUGAUGAAGAAGGAGCUAGAAUACUUUGCCAAAGCCUUGGAAAACCCAGAGAGACCCUUUCUGGCUAUACUCGGUGGGGCCAAAGUGGGAGACAAGAUCCAACUCAUCAACAAUAUGCUGGACAAGGUCAAUCACAUGAUUAUCGGUGGUGGGAUGGCUUAUACCUUCCUGAAGGUACUCAACAACAUGGAGAUCGGUGCCUCCCUGUUUUGUGAGGAGGGGGCCAAGACUGUCAAAGAUAUCAUGGACAAAGCGAGUAAGAAUGGAGUCAAGAUAACCUUUCCUGUGGACUUUGUCACUGGUGACAAGUUUGAUGAGAAUGCUACCGUUGGGAAAGCCACUGUAGAAUCUGGCAUCCCCGCUGGCUGGAUGGGUUUGGACUGCGGUCCUGAAAGCAAUAAAAAGUUUGCUCAGGUUGUAGCCCAAGCAAAGCUGAUCGUUUGGAAUGGCCCCGUGGGCGUGUUUGAAUGGGACGCCUUUGCUCAGGGCACCAAAGCCCUCAUGGAUGAGGUGGUGAAAGCCACUUCCAGAGGCUGUGUCACCAUCAUAGGGGGUGGAGACACGGCUACUUGCUGUGCCAAAUGGAACACCGAAGACAAAGUCAGCCACGUGAGCACUGGCGGGGGUGCCAGUCUAGAGCUCCUAGAAGGCAAAGUCCUCCCUGGAGUGGAGGCGCUCAGCAACUUGUAGUCACUGACAUGUUCCUUCCUGCUCUUCCUGUCCACAGUCUCCAAGUCAGCUUAGUACUUUUAUUUCUCAACUUGGUUUUGGUUAGAACUUACCCCCAUUGAGACCCAUGUGAGGAUAAAAUUACUGGAACCUCAGGAACUCUUUAACAUCAGUACAACUCCGUUAUUUCAGCACUGUCAAGCUUUUGCCCGCUGGUGUCAAGAUAAUGUUUGGACUUCACCAUUGCGCUUCCUAGGGAGAAAACCUUAAAUUGCCUAUUAAAUAAAGUGAGCUGAAUAAUU